AAAUUUCAGGAAAAUACUUAUUUCUUAAUGUGGGUUUCUGUUCUUUUUUAAUUUUGGAGUGCUGGGAGCAAGAUAAUUGUUUGUUACUGUGAGGUUCUUAGGCUAUGGGUUUGUGGUAUAUACGAUCCGCAUAGACAUUACUUUGCGCGAUUGAAAAUAAAGCCUUUUGUUUUUUUUUUUUAUGUAGGUCGUUAAUCGGAUUCGGCUAUAUUUGUAUGAGAAUUAUUGUUCUUGUUUAGGGCAUACAUACACCUUUUAGGAGCAUGGCAUACAUGGCUGCUUUGAAGGAUGGAAAGCUUUUUUCAUUGAAUAGAACACCUAGGACCAGUAUUGGCUUUGGGCAGUUCGUGGUUUUGGAUGUGUGCCGAGGAAAUAGCCUGUCCUACUUCUAACUGUCAAGAUAGGGGACUUGGUAAAAAUGUUUGUUGCAUCAAAUGGCUUCUCCUUUCACUAGAAGUAAGGGAUGGAGGCGCAUGAUUUUACAUCAGUGAUGUAAACAAAACACAUCAUAUAAGCUCACAUAUUGUGGAAAUAUGCUCUGGAACUUUAUCAACCAUGUCUUCCUCUCUCUAUGGUUAUUUUUCAUACAAUUGAAGUGUCAACCCAGUUCACAUUCUGAGACUCAUUUUGUGUUCUGUUUGGGGUUCUACUCAAAGGAAGAAGUGGUGAAUGCAACAGAUGGGUCAAAACAGUUCCACGGGUUGCAUGCAGUCAUCUCAAGAAAGGCGAAACUUUAGUUCCUUUAUGACUAAACUAAUAUAGAAUAAGCACCAUAAAGAUCAAAGGAAUCGAAAUUGACCGAUAGCCAAUGCUAACAAGCAAGGCCAGACAACUUUUGGGAGAUUGCUCAGGAGUCCAAACAUGAGUCUGCAGUGUCUUGUGUGUCACUGUGUAGAAAGUCCUUCGCACUCUUUUAGGAGUUUUUCAACUUCUGACAAUGAUGGAAGAUGUUCUGCUAUUGCCAAUUGCUUAACCCGGAAAUUAUCGCUAACCCCAACUGCGGCAACCUCUUGUUACACAUCAUCAUCCAAAGUGACCCCACAACCAACAAUUCCAGGCAACAAUGUGGGUGCCCCUCGACUUGUCCGAAGCCGGGCUGUGAGAAGGGAUCUUGUGAGAGACUGGAACUUUGAUGAGGUGGUGCUGGAGCGUUGAUUUUGUGAGUCUGGGACUCUAGGAUAGGAAGAGUACAACGCUCUUCUCGUGGGAUAGGUUUAGAGCAAUGCCUUGCUCUGUGUACUAGUUGUAUUUUGCCACGGGUGCAAUUGAACUCGCUUUUUCUUUGGAAGAGUUUGAGCAUUUGUAACCAUUUUGAAAAAUUGAAUUUGUUCUUAAUACUUUGUCCAUAUUUCUAAUCUCUUGGUAUUCUUUUGAUGAUUGAUGUCACUUGGCGAA